GUUUUGAAGCGAACUCGUCUGUUUCUCUGUUAUCUUCUGCGGGGAAUGUCCAGCGCUUCCACCCUCAAUGCUGUUUGUUUGGAACAUCACAAAAUCUUAAGUUUCUCAGGAAACAAAUUCGACAUUCUGAAGAUUGUUUCACUUUACAUGGAACUUCAAAUACUUAUUUUCUGGAGUUUUUUUUUUGGUUCCACAUGCGUUUCUGAUCAUCGCCGAGUGCUGCUGAGGAACACUACACUGACAGUGGCGUUAUAGAGACAUUAAUUAGAUUCAAUUAAGCUGAUAAAACUACGAUCAAUUUUUGUUACAUGGACAACAAUUGCACUUGUUUUCUAUAUGAGUGGGGAAAAUGAAGUCGCCGAUAGGCUGCUUAAAACAAGAUUUGAACCUCAGUUUGGAGAUUAAACGCUUUUUAAAAUAGCAUUUUUGCUUGUUUGGCAUCUAUGAUUUUAACGAAGCUAAAUGUAGCCGAAGGAGACCAGGAGGUGUUUGAUCCACAUGACUUGAGGAUUUUAACUAUUGGGGUUAAAUGGUUCUGAUAACGGACAACAGGGAUGGCGGAGGAUCAUCUCCAGGAAAGGUUAAACCACUUAAACAUGCUAAAAGCGCCCAGAUCGCUCCCACUAUCGUGGAGGAAUCACCUGAUCGAUCUGGAGAUAACGAUUAUGAUGAAUAUCUCGGCUCGGUCGAGUUGGAUGAGGACUUCGAGGAGUUGGAUGACUUCUCGGACCUGCCGGACACCAGGAGCAUCGCCUCAGAUGACUCCUUUUAUCCACCGGACGAUGACUUUGCUGACUCGGAGAGAACCCCUUCCCCGGAGAGUCCCGCACCGCUGUCCUUUUUUCAGGCGUGUUGCAACAACAACGCGCUCAUAGUAAAACUCAUGAUUAGACAAGGAGUCACGGAGGAGGAUGUACAGGAGACGGACAAAAACAACAGAACUGGACUAAUGGUGGCAUGCUACCAAGGGUACGUGGAUGUGGUGGUUGCUCUCUCCCAGUGUCCUCACCUGGAUGUGAACUGGCAGGACAAUGAAGGCAAUACAGCCCUCACCACCGCUGCUCAGGCGGGUCACAUCACAAUUACUAACUACCUACUCAACUACUUUCCCGGGCUUGACAUCGAGAAGAGGAACUGCCACGGUUUCACCGCUCUGAUGAAAGCUGCUAUACAGGGUCGAGUGGAAUGUGUCAGAGCCCUGAUGCUGGCAGGAGCUGACAUAGAUGCCAGGGACAACGGGAGGAAGUUCACUGCGCGUGAGUGGGCCAUCUUUACAAGCCGCUAUGACACUGUGUUAGCCAUGACGCGGCUGAUGCAGCAGCCAUGUGCGGAUCAGUUCUGCGACACCUAUCGGUCCGAGUGGCCCCUUCUGCCUGCGCUGGUGGCCAAAGCUCAGGCACCCAAAGGCUGCAUUCAGAAAAUUUCAGAGACACUACGUGACUUCUUUGACAUCAGUAACGUCACCGAGGCUUCAGAAGACGGGGUUCUGGAUCACAUGGUGCGCAUGACAACAUCGCUGGGGAGCCCGUUCAUCGCAACAGCAUGUCGAACGGUGUGUCCCGGCAGCCCGCCCUGUGUGGGAAAACGCCGGUACUCAGUUCAGGAGAUACUAAAAAAACAACGCAUCGAGCAGCUGAAAAGUCUGGGACCCGAGCGCCUCGAGAACUACAAACGUCUCUUCCAGAACUCCCGCAUUCUGCUAGUGCCCAAAUCGAAAGAUCGUCGUGCGAGUCUGCAACCCCAGGCCCAAUCAAACGGCUCCUCCUCUUCCUCCCCGGGCAUCCGCAGAGCCAGCCUGCUCCCCUUACACCUGCUGAGGAGGAGCAGCGUAAGGCCAGGUAUGGUGGUGCCCAAGAUGAGGAUUACCAAGGCACCUACGUCAAACUACGUGCCAGAAAAAGUGCGGCGGAAGAGCAGCUGUAUAGACGACCAGUUCCUCCAGAUCCCGAAGUGGAGAUACAAAGAACUGAAAGAGGAGCGAAAGAAAGCAGAGGAGGCAGAAAGGAAAAGACUGGAAGCCAUAACGAAGAGACAACUCACUACAGGCAAAAGGAAAUAAGUGUGUGCAAACAUACUGCUCAUCGUUUUAUACUUGAAAUGCAAUUUUGAUGUUGGAUUCAAAUUUAUUUGACUAACUAUUGUUCUCAUUUAUAUACACUUAAAUGCUUCUCAACUCCUCUUAACCUCUUUAAAAUAGAGUUAAGUGAAGGAUUUACUGUAGGACAGCUCCUUUAAUCCCUCUUCAUGUGUUUUGAGCAUCAGGAAAAUAGCUAACCAGAUUAGCUAAUAUGGGUACACUACUAAAACCAGAUGCUACUUUAUGUUUACAUUCUUAAAAUAGGGUUCUUUGAGUUUUUAGAGUUGUCCAAAUGCUAGCAUUGUCUCAGUUUUAACAGUAGCAUUGUGAAUGUAUUUAACAGACAUACUUUGUCAAUACCUCAUUUGUAAACUAUUUUUCUAAACGUUGUAGAUAUUGAUGGUAUUUCAGCAGCAGAUCUGUCUGUGUUUGCACACAUUUCAGAGACAAACGCUACAGACAAUCACCAGCAAGUAAUGCAAGACAGAAAAAGAGGUAGUGAUAUCAUGGAUCAGCAUCUUAUUUGAUUUUUUCUGUAUUUGUAUUUUAAUAAUUAUUUAUACUACUAAAGCACUCUAAGUACAUUACUUUAAUGACUAUGUUCUGAACCUAUACCUGUUCAAGAAAAACAAACAAACAUGUUUUGUCUUUUAUCAAAUGGUAUUUGCAACUACAUAUGGAGAGUGGGGUAUGAUGUGUCUUGCACACGAAAUUUUAGGAUUUUAUGUAUCAAGGGCCCAACAUACACUGCUGCCUGUGAUGGAGAGGUGCUUUUAAAAAAACUAAACAUUUCUUUGCAUGUCAAAGUAAAUAGUUCUAUAUGAAAGCCAACACAAAUGUAUACAGGUUUAAAAAUAUAUAUCAUACACACUACUGUUCAAAGUUUAGGGUAAAUGAGAAUUUUAUAUUGCUACAAAAGAUUUCUACUUACAAUAAAAUCUGUUCUUUUUAACUUUUUAUUAA